UUUGGCUCAAGAGCAGAGGGUCUGUCCCGGUUGCUGCCUGCCAUCACCCAUGCUGUCCACUGCCAGCAGCCCGGUGAGGCUCCUGUGCCUGCGCUGAACCUGUCUUGUUGCUUGUUGGACACAGCGUUGCCCACACCACAGUUAGGCCUGACCCUAACUGCUCUUCUCCGCUGUCCCUUUUGGUCCCAGAUAUCCGACCAGAGCUGCCCGCCAUGUCGGCCGCGCCCGGCCUCCUGCACCAGGAGCUGUCCUGCCCGCUGUGCCUGCAGCUGUUCGAUGCGCCCGUGACGGCCGAGUGCGGACACAGCUUCUGUCGCUCCUGCCUGACCCGUGUGGCCGGGGAGCCGGCGGCUGACGGCACCGUGAACUGCCCCUGCUGCCAGGCGCCCACGCGGCCGCAGGCGCUCAGCACCAACCUGCAGCUGGCACGCUUGGUGGAGGGACUGGCGCAGGUGCCGCAGGGCCACUGCGAGGAGCACCUGGACCCGCUGAGCAUCUACUGCGAGCAGGACCGUGUGCUCGUGUGCGGCGUGUGCGCCUCGCUCGGGUCGCACCGUGGCCACCGCCUGCUGCCCGCUGCCGAGGCCCACUCGCGCCUCAAGUCGCAGCUCCCCCAGCAGAAGCUGCAGCUGCAGGAGGCAUGCAUGCGCAAGGAGAAGAGCGUGGCCACGCUGGAGCACCAGCUCGCAGAGGUGGAGGAAACAGUGCGGCAGUUCCGGGGAGCCGUGGGGGAGCAGCUAGGCAAGAUGCGGCUGUUCCUGGCAGCCCUGGAGAGCUCACUGGAGCGCGAGGCGGAGCGUGUGCGGGCCGAGGCUGGGCUGGCCUUGCGGCGGGAGCUGGGUGGCCUGAACGCAUACCUGGAGCAGCUGCGGCAGAUGGAGAAGGUGCUGGAGGAGGUGGCCGACAAGCCGCAGACUGAGUUCCUCAUGAAAUACUGCCUGGUGACCAGCAGGCUACAAAAGACCAUGGCAGAAUCACCCCUGCCUGCCCGACUGGACAUCCAGCUGCCUAUCAUUUCGGAUGACUUCAAGUUCCAGGUGUGGAAGAAGAUGUUCCGAGCUCUGAUGCCAGAAUUGGAGGAGCUGACUUUCGACCAAAGCUCGGCGCACCCGAGCUUAGUGGUGUCACCCUGUGGUCGCCGGGUGGAGUGUUCGGAGCAGAAGGCGCCGCCCGCCGCGGAGGACCCACGCCAGUUCGACAAGGCGGUGGCCGUCGUGGCGCAGCAGCUGCUGGCGGAAGGCGAGCACUAUUGGGAGGUGGAGGUGGGCGACAAGCCGCGCUGGGCACUGGGCGUGAUGGCCGCCGAGGCCAGCCGCCGGGGCCGCCUGCACGCCGUGCCCUCGCAGGGUCUGUGGCUGCUGGGGCUGCGCGACGGCAAGACCCUGGAGGCGCACGUGGAGGCCAAGGAGCCGCGCGCGCUGCGCGCCCCGGAGCGGCGGCCCACGCGUCUGGGCCUCUACCUCAGCUUCGCCGACGGCGUCCUCGCCUUCUACGACGCCAGCAACGCCGACGCGCUCGAGCUGCUCUUUGCCUUUCACGAGCGCCUGCCGGGGCCCGUGUACCCCUUCUUCGAUGUGUGCUGGCACGACAAGGGCAAGAAUGCGCAGCCGCUGCUGCUCGUGGGGCGCGAAGGCCAGGAAGCCUGAGGCAGCCGGCGGGAAGAGGGCAGUGCCCAGGAUUGGGUUGGAUCCCGGGUGGGGUGUGGGGAGGUUGGCUGGGGUUGAACACAGAGCCCGAAGGGGCUUCGGGACAGUUCUGAGAAGGGUGGGUGUUGGUAUGGGGCAGAAGACAGGGUGUGUGUGGGGGUGUUGGGGUCACUUGGUAGGUAAGAGAGGUCAAGGUCAGGGAUGGAGGAGGCAUAAGGGUUCCAGAAGCUCAAGGUGAGGGAGGUAGGGAGAAGGAACCAGGUUGGGGAAGGAUUGAGGGUGGUAAUUCAACCUCACCUUCUCAUCUCUCUCUCCC